AACGGGGCAAAGCUUUUCUGGCGACGGAGAUAACGAUGAGCGCGAAAGUACAUACAGCAACUGCCAACGCAAACUCUUGAUUACUUCUCUUCCUUUCUUCUUCUUUCUUCUUUCCAAAUCAUACGAUUGAUCAAACAAACCCACAUUCCCAAAACCAAAUCCCUCCAAAUUUCGACGAAGUAAUGAUUCAUCACUGCCUAUCGAUCAAACCUUCGUUCUUCUCCUCUUCUACUUGUGCUCCCAACUCAUCAAUUCGAAUUCCCAAAUCUCCUCUCAGCUGUAAUCAGCAAUGUCACUAUAGUAGUGGCACCUUUCCUGCAAGAAUUUGCUGCAGUAUUAGGUCCGAACCUUCGAAUUCGCCGUCAUCGUUAUCAUCGCCGCCUUCAACAAGGGGUAAUAGCGGUAGGAUCGACGGAGCGAGUCGACAGCGGCUAACCUCGUCGUCGUCGUCAGGAUUGGCGGUUACAAGUACGGCGGCGGGUGUGUCGGAGUCGGAAAAAGGUGGGGUUUCUAAGGGAGGGGGCGUGGGGCCCCACACUGGUAGGGAUCCGAACGUGAAGAAGCCGGGGUGGCUGAGGCAGAAAGCUCCCCAAGGGGAGAAGUAUGAGGAGGUGAAGGAGUCUUUGUCUCGAUUGAAACUCAACACUGUUUGUGAGGAAGCUCAAUGUCCCAACAUUGGAGAGUGUUGGAAUGGAGGUGGGGAUGGUAUUGCCACUGCCACUAUCAUGCUUCUUGGGGAUACUUGCACCCGCGGAUGUAGAUUUUGUGCAGUGAAAACCAGCAGGAACCCUGCCCCGCCUGAUCCCAUGGAACCAGAGAACACUGCCCAGGCUAUUGCUAGUUGGGGUGUGGAUUACAUAGUCCUCACGAGUGUUGAUCGUGAUGAUAUACCUGAUGGUGGGAGUGGCCAUUUUGCUGAAACCGUUAAAGCAAUGAAGAAUCUCAAGCCCGAUAUAAUGGUUGAGUGUUUAACAUCUGAUUUUCGGGGUGACUUAAAUGCUGUAGCCACUCUUGUACACUCAGGAUUAGAUGUUUUUGCUCACAACAUUGAGACUGUGAAACGGCUCCAGCGUAUUGUUAGAGAUCCACGGGCUGGGUACGAACAGAGCUUGUCCGUUCUAAGACAUGCAAAGCACAGUAAGGAGGGAAUGAUAACUAAAUCUUCUAUAAUGUUAGGCCUUGGUGAAUCUGAGGAUGAGAUCAAGGAAGCCAUGGCUGAUUUAAGAGCCAUAGAUGUUGACAUUUUGACACUUGGACAAUAUUUACAGCCAACCCCAUUACAUCUCACUGUUAAAGAGUAUGUUACGCCUGAGAAAUUCGCUUCCUGGAAAGAAUAUGGAGAAUCUAUUGGUUUCCGCUAUGUAGCCAGUGGACCACUGGUUCGAUCCUCGUACAGAGCAGGCGAGCUCUUUGUUAAGACUAUGGUGAAAGAAAAGUCAAAAAACACCUCGUCAAAUCUGUCACAAUAAUUUGAUUCAUUCCCAGGGCUGGCAUUCAUUUCUUAUUAGGGCACUGGUGGAUAUAUACUUUCUCUUUAAAAUGCAACUGGAGGCAGACAGCAUAAGCACGAGUGAAGCAUCUUCCUCUCGAUCUGCCUUGAAUAAUUUUUGCUCAAAGCUUCAAAGAGCACUGUAAAAUCUAAAACAGUGCUAUUCUGUAUACUGUAUGAGGAUAUUACUGUUGGAAUGUGCAAUUUACUGUUUCUAGAA